GACACCUCCGAGUCCCCGCCCGCCCGGGCCGCGCACCCUGCUCCGGCCGCCGAGGCAGCGCCAUCUCCGCCGCCGGCCCCGAGCCCCCGGCGCGGGUCCUCGGAGGCCCCGGGCUACGACCACCGGCUGCUGCUGCUGCUGCUGCUGCUGCUCCUGCAGGGAGGCCCGGCCGCGCCCCCCUUUGUCCCGGGUCUCCGGGCCGCGCCCAUGUGUCUGAGGCCCGCGCCUGCGCCCCAUGGACCCGCCCGGCUCGGCCCAGGCGCCCGCGGGGGACCCCGAACCCCGACCGGCGGGGAACUGGGGCGCCCCGGGCAGAGCGCACGCGCCCUCGCCGCCCCCCGCGCCGCCCGUCUCCGGCCUGCAGGACCUGGACACGCUGGCCGUCGUGGGCACGGGGACCUUCGGGCGCGUCCACCUGGUGAAGGAGAAGGCUGCCAAGCAUUUCUUCGCGCUGAAGGUCAUGAGCAUCCCGGACGUCAUCCGGCUGAAGCAGGAGCAGCACGUCCACAACGAGAAGUCGGUGCUGAAGGAAGUGAGCCACCCCUUCCUCAUUAAGCUGUUCUGGACCUGCCACGACGCACGCUUCCUCUACAUGCUCAUGGAGUACGUGCCAGGUGGCGAGCUCUUCAGCUACCUGCGCAGUCGGGGCCGCUUCCCGGCCACCUCGGGGCUCUUCUACUCAGCGGAGAUCGUGUGUGCGCUCCAGUAUCUGCACUCCAGGGACAUCGUGUACCGCGACCUGAAGCCCGAGAACAUCCUGCUGGACCGCGAAGGCCACAUCAAGCUCACCGACUUCGGCUUCGCCAAGAAGCUGGUGGACAGGACGUGGACGCUGUGUGGGACGCCCGAGUACCUGGCUCCCGAGGUUAUCCAGAGCAAGGGCCACGGCAGGGCCGUCGACUGGUGGGCGCUUGGCAUCCUCGUAUUCGAGAUGCUGUCCGGGUUCCCUCCAUUUUUCGAUGACAAUCCAUUUGGCAUCUAUCAAAAAAUCCUUGCAGGCAGAAUCGAUUUCCCCAGACAUUUGGAUUUCAGCGCAAAAGACCUCAUCAAGAAGCUGCUGGUUGUGGACCGGACGAGGCGGCUGGGGAACAUGAAGAACGGGGCCGAAGACGUCAAGAGACACCGCUGGUUCCGGGCCGUGGACUGGGACUCCGUGCCCCAGAGGAAGCUGAAGGUCGGUCCCACCUCACGGCGGCGGUGCCGGGGUCUCCGGUCGCCUGUCGUCCCUGCUCUCUGGCAGGGUGAGGCGGGAGGGCGGGCAGUUUCAGCUCAGCCUGGGCAACCGAGCAACCUGGCGACUUCCAUGUCUCCAGAAAGACAAAGGAGGCUGGGAAGGCCGCUCAGUGUGAAGGCCGCGGGUUUGAUCCCCAGUCCUUAACCCUCCUAAAAACACCCUUUUGGGAUAGAUGAGAUACUAGGUGGCUAUUUCCCAAGCCAAAACCGCAUGGAAAGUUAUUCCUGGCCCACUUUGGCUUUUUGCUUCCAAACCACCUGUCGGCCAUCGCUUUUAUUAGGUUCUUCCCUGUCUUCUUCCGGUUCCUUUACACUAAUAAAACUCCGUGUCUGUCAUUUUCCCCCGCCCGCAGCAGACACCAAAGAGUCCUAGCCUUGCUUUUUGACAGCUCUAAUCUGGACACUUUUAUCCCUUCCUGUAACCUUUUCCCUUUU